AUGUUCUACAGCCACGAGAUCCUCGCCAACCACCAAUAUGGCGUGGCUACAAUCUGGAUCGUGGCGACGAUGGGUAACAAAUCAAUCACCAAACGGGUGAGUAAAAGAGCAAUAGAAGAUGUCGACCUCGCCAGAGCUUGCGAGAAGAUCAUUGAGCCAGGCGCUCCGAUCGCUCUGCGUUUGCAGGGCAGUCUGCUUUUUGGGGUUUCAAAAGUCUAUCAGCGAAAGUGUCAAUACAUGCUCAGCGAUGUGCAGAAGAUCCAGGGCCAUAUGAUGAGCUUUCUCAAAACAUUUGGUGCAAAUCAGCUAGACCCUGAAGAAGUCAAGGCGAGGCAAGUGACCAACAUACUUUUCGCGGAACUACCCGAGAACCUGAUGAUCAUGGACGACCCCGACUUCUUUCCCACUGGAAACAUCUUGCCAGAUCCGACCGAAGAAAUGUUCUUCAUCAGCCAACCCACCCGACAAUCAACCCAAAAUACAAACAAAACUUCUUCACAAAUGUCACCACACUCACUCCAGUCGGCCGGCAGUUCUUCCGGCAAUGAAAAUUUCCAAUUGCAACUCGACUUUCGAGAGUCAAGCGUUCCUGGCUCCCAUGCAUCACAGCAAGGCCUCCAAGGACUUUCAUCUGCACAAAAGCCUGUGAGAUUGGCCAACGACGACGACCCCUUUGGAGACGGAGAAGAGCCUAUUGACCUAGGCUUUUCAGUUGAUGAGCACGGCAACAUAAUCGAAAGUCUAGAUUCUGUGCCUGCCAUUGUCAACGAGCCUGUUCUCCCGGACAUGCCAUCUCUCGCAGGCGUGGAAGGUGCUGGCGUACAGCAUCAACAACAUUCCGACGACCAAAACGAUAUUUUCAUGAUGAAUGAAGAUCCGCUUCCACAGGCCGAAGGUCUUCCUGCAGGCCAAGCAACAGAGGGUAGCAGCAAGAAGAACGACGUCGUCGCUCCUAACAGUGAGCAAAACCAAAGUCCCGCUCCAAGUCGUCGCCAGAAGAAGAAGCGCAACAUCAUUCAUGCAGAUCAUGAGAUUGAGAUCUCUAGGGAUACGCUGCGCAAAUGGCAGACGGAUUAUCUGAAGAACUGUGGCCCUCAAGAGCCACAAGACAUUGCAGUCCAACAAGCCAGGGAAAAUGCGAUCCAUCUCACUUUCGGCCUAGGUAUUGGCAAUAUUGGCCAGAGCCUUAACAUCCCCGGAGUAAUCCAUCCUCUGGCCAUGGAAUUCUCUGGAGACCCCUUGUUCACCGCACUGACUGGUCUCGAGAUCCUGGAGAAGCAGGUAAAACGUAAAAGAGGUCGGCCGGCAAAAAAAGAUAUUAACGACGAAGAGCAGGAAGAGCGACGAGUUCGUGCGAGGCUUGAGGGUGAUGCUAAUGAUGAUGAGCUGCAACGAGGCGGCGUGGCAUCAGAUGAGGCGCUCGACUUUGGCUUGGAUCAGAGCCCCCCAGAAAUUGGGCGAGAGGCGCAACCAGCCAUGGAUGAGAACCCUUCAUCCGUCAUGCCGUGGAAUCGAGGUUCGUCCAUUAGGCACGGGUCCUCGAUCCAGAGAGGCGGCUCGGUUCAGCAUGCCCGUGACCAGUCGAGCCCUCUAGGAAGACGCGGCGCAGACCAAGAGAUUGUGCGCUACAGUUCUGACGUCGACAUGGGUGGAAUGGAAUUUGGAAACGGCGAUCAUCAUUCAGACGACUCUUUUGCCAUGGGCCCGCUCACAGGAGCCGAAGCGGAGCCGAUUGAGCAACUGUCUACGCAGGACCAGAAUCAGAGAAUGAGAGAAGCUCUCGAUCGCGAAGGUGGUCAUUUCCUCGGUUUCGUGGAGACGAUGAUGAAGGAGCAUGGCGAGCGCUACUACGACGACGAUGCAGAGCUCCAGCGCAGGUGGCUCGACUUUGACGACAUGUUUGUGCCCAACGACACCACUCGUGCAACUGCAGCACAGGCAUUUUAUCAUGUUCUGACGCUAGUCACCAAGGGCCAGAUGCUCGUCAAGCAGGACGGCGAAGGCAAGGAACCAUUUGGUAGGAUCCACACGGGCCUUGAGGGUUUCUCGUGA